GGGGGGGGCCGCCGCCCCGCCCCCUCCGACCCCCCCCGCCCUGCGCGCGCGGAGCCGCCUCAGCCGAGCCUCUCAAAGAUGGACAUAGAAGAUUGCAACGGCCGCUCAUACAUCUCUGGUAGCGGGGACUCAUCUCUGGAGAAGGAGUUCUGCGGGGGCACCACAGUGGGGCCUGCAGUGAGCACCCCAAACAGCCAGCACUCUUCCCCCAGCCGUUCGCUCAGUGCCAAUUCGAUCAAGGUGGAGAUGUACAGCGAUGAGGAGGCCAGCCAGCUGCUGGGUCCCGAGGAGCCGCUGCUGGACAAGGAGGGCAGCGUGAUCGUGGACGACUCGCUGUCCGAGCCGCUGGGCUACUGCGACGGGAGCGGGCCCGAGCCCCACUCCCCGGGCGGCAUCCGCCUGCCCAACGGGAAGCUCAAGUGCGACGUGUGUGGCAUGGUCUGCAUCGGCCCCAACGUGCUCAUGGUGCACAAGCGCAGCCACACCGGCGAGCGGCCCUUCCACUGUAACCAGUGCGGAGCCUCCUUCACCCAGAAAGGGAACCUGCUGCGGCACAUCAAGCUGCACUCCGGGGAGAAGCCCUUCAAGUGCCCCUUCUGUAACUACGCCUGCCGGCGCCGCGACGCCCUCACCGGCCACCUGCGCACGCACAGCGUGUCCUCCCCGACGGUCGGCAAACCCUACAAAUGCAACUACUGCGGGCGCAGCUACAAGCAGCAGAGCACGCUGGAGGAGCACAAGGAGCGCUGCCACAACUACCUGCAGAGCCUCAGCAUGGACGGUCAGCCGCUGGGCGGCCAGCCAGGCGAGGAGAUGCGGGAGCUGGAGAUGGGGUCCGACUCCGUGCUGCACCCGUCCUCCGAGCGGCCGGUGUUCAUCGACCGACUGACCAACAGCCUGACCAAGCGCAAACGCUCCACCCCGCAGAAGUUCGUAGGAGACAAGCAACUCCGCUUCAGCCUCUCCGACCUCCCGUUUGACGUGGGCGGCGGCGGGGGCGGCUAUGAGAAGGACGUGGAGCUGGUGGGCCACCCGGCGCUGGAGCCGGGCUUCGGGGGCUCCCUGGCCUUCAUGGGAGCCGAGCACCUGCGGCCCCUCCGCCUGCCGCCCGCCAACUGCAUCUCGGAGCUGACGCCCGUCAUCAGCUCGGUGUACACCCAGCUGCCGGCCCUGCCCGGGCGGCUGGAGCUGCCGGGGCCCCGGGAGCCGGGCGAGGGCCACGAGGACCUGCCCGACGGGGGCCCGCCGCCGCCGCCGCCGCCGCCCCCGCAGCCCCCGCCGCCGCUCCUCUACCGGCCGCGGGGCGGCCCGCCCGGCUCCCCCGGCGCCUCGCCCAACGGCUGCCAGGACUCCAGCGAGGCGGAGAGCGAGGCGGAGGAGCGGCCCGGGCCGGCGGCGGGGCCCGCUCCCAAUCCCGCUCCCGGUCCCGGUCCCGGUCCCGGUCCCGGUCCCGCCGCCGGCCCCGCGCCCCCGGCCCGGCCCAGCCCCGCCUACGCCAACGCCAACCACGCCCACAAGGAGGACGGCAAGCUGGGGCUGGGGCUGGGCCUGGGGAUGGGGCUGGGCCUGGGCGAGGCGGGGCUGGGCCGGGGCGGAGCGGCCCCCGGCCCGGCCCGGGAGAGCCUGCGCGUGGUGGGCGAGGACGGCGAGCCCGUGCGGGCCUUCCGCUGCGACCACUGCCGCAUCCUCUUCCUGGACCACGUCAUGUUCACCAUCCACAUGGGCUGCCACGGCUUCCGGGACCCUUUCGAGUGCAACAUCUGCGGCCACCACAGCCGCGAUCGCUACGAGUUCUCCUCCCACAUCGUGCGCGGCGAGCACAAGGUGGGCUAGCGCGGACAGGCCUUCUCCCCCUUCUCCCUCUCCCUACACACACACACACACUCGGUCCACCCCUCGGGGUCUCCCCGGCGGCCCGUCCCCCCCCCAUACACACACA